UCAUUCGGGCCUGAGCUUCGGUCCAAAUCAGAUCGCCCUUCAAUAGCGGAUGAGCUGCGCUUCGUUGGGGACGAAUCUAUGGUGGUUUGAGGGGUUUCUGCUCAGAGUUCGGAUUCGAAGCCCAAGGAAAUGCGAAGAUGGUGCUACGGCAGAUACUGAAAGCUCCGCCAUAUGGUUUGCUGAGCUCCUCGUCUAAUGGCUGCUGCAAUGGCUUCGCAGCCUUCAGUUCCAAGUUCCCGAACUCGCUUAUGCUUCCUGCGAUUUGGAACUGUAAUUCCGGCCGUCGGCCGGCGAGGUGUUUUGGGGCUUCCGGUUCUGGGAAGGUCAAAUUACAGAGAAAGAAAAGGAGGCUAGAUGAAGUUUGUCUCGAAAGAUAUCGUGAAUAUAGUCGAACAUUCGUGCAGUCGUGGAUCAUGCAGGGAAAAGUAUUUGUCGAUGGAAAAGUGGUUAACAAAUGUGGGACUCCGGUUUCUGACCAGUCUGUUGUCGAAAUCAAAGCUGAAGUACCUAAAUAUGUAUGUAGAGCAGGACACAAGUUAGAGGCCGCUUUGGAACAACUAGAGAUUGACGUCGCAGGAAAAGUGGCUCUUGAUUCUGGACUCUCGACAGGAGGAUUUACGGAUUGUUUGCUUCAAUAUGGUGCUUCCUUUGUGUACGGUGUUGAUGUUGGUUACGGACAGGUGGCUGAGAAAAUACGCCGAGAUGAUCGUGUGAGUGUUAUUGAACGAACGAACUUAAGAUAUCUUUCUGAACUACCGCAGAAGGUUGAUCUUGUUACGUUGGACCUUUCCUUUAUUUCCAUUCUUACGGUUAUGCCCGCCGUUGUCAAUUUGAUGAAGAAUGAAGCGAUGCUUGUUACUCUAAUAAAACCACAGUUCGAGGCACGUAAAUCACAAGUAGGAGGCGGUGGGAUUGUGAGAGAUACUUUAGUACAUCAGGAGGUUCUUGAAAGGAUAAUUCACGGUGUGCAAGGUUUUGGGUUUCAGUGUCAAGGUUGGAUCGACUCUCCUUUGAAGGGUGCCGAUGGAAACAAAGAGUUCUUGGCAUGUUUCGUCUGUACCGGAACCAAAGGCGUCGAUCCCUCGGCCGGGAAAGAGAUUACGAAUUUGUACCGGGUUAAGAAAUGCAUUCAACCGGAAACAUGAGUAUAUAUACUUUCAUCCUCACCAGAGUUUUUGAUACUAUUUAUCUAUAGUAAUGUUUUUGUGGAAAAAUAUAUACUCCGUCCGUCCGGCUCUAUGGUCUCGUUUA